AGUUAGAGCUGCUUAGAUUUAACACUUCAGCACCUGAACGGUGGGGAGGGGAGGAAGUAGCUUCUGGUCUUCUAUUAUUUAACUAAUUUUCCUCCACUCUUUGGCUUUGCAUAUCAUCACAGCUGUGUUUCACCUACAAACUGCCAAGAUGUCCAGGGUAGCAAAAUACAGAAGGCAAGUCAGUGAAGAUCCAGAUAUUGAUAGCUUAUUGUCUACUUUGUCUCCAGAGGAAAUGGAAGAGCUAGAAAAGGAGUUGGAUGUGGCUGAUCCGGAUGGAAACAUCCCUCUGGGGCUCAGGCAGAGAAACCAAACUGACAAGCACUCAACUGGCUUAUACAACCGAGAAGCAAUGCUCAACUACUGUGAAAAGGAGACCAAGAAACUUAUUCAGAGGGAACUGUCAGUGGACGAAGGGAUGCCAGCAGAGAGGAAGAAAGACCCCAGGAAUCUGGAAGGAAAGGGCAAGGAAGCUCGUUCCCAAGACCUUGUCAGGAAACGAGACUUUGAUCUGGGAAAAGAACGUAACAAAGGAGAAUGUGCUCAGAGAACAAGUUACAAAGAGAAGGAAGAACUAGAGAGUAAAUGCAAUGAGAAACCCAAAGGAGAAAAGGUCCCCAAGGACAAAGACAAGGCCAUGGACAAAAAACUCAUAGGAAAGGACAGAAAGGAAGAAGAGAAGAGUGCAGCACCAAAGAAAGAUCUAGGAAAGGACAGAAAGGAAGAAGAGAAGACUGCAGCACCAAAGAAAGAGCUAGGAAAGCACAGAAAGGAAGAAGAGAAGAGUGCAGCACCAAAGAAAGAGCUAGGAAAGGACAGAAAGGAAGAAGAGAAGAGUGCAGCACCAAAGAAAGAGCUAGGAAGGAAUAGAAAAGGAGAAGAAAAGAGAGAAAAGGAGAGUAAAGAAGAAGAAAGUUGUUCAUCUUUAAAGAAAUACUCAAAGGUUGAUGGUAAGGAGAAAUCACUUACAGACUCCAGAGGAGUCACUGAGGAAAAGGCUCCUCUGUCACCAGAGACAGGGCCUAAACAGAUCCCAGAAAACAGCCCCUCAAAACCUGUGGAUAGCCCCCCAAGCCAGACCAAGGAAGAGGAAGAAGCAGCUUCCAGUAUCUUUGAUGAGCCCUUAGAAAGAGUGAAGAAUAAUGACCCAGAGAUGACGGAAGUCAAUGUCAAUAACUCCGACUGCAUCACCAGUGAAAUCCUGGUGCGCUUUACAGAGGCCUUGGAAUUUAACACCGUGGUCAAAGUGUUUUCACUGGCCAAUACCCAUGCUGAUGACCAUGUCGCAUUUGCCAUCGCCAUUAUGUUGAAGUCAAACAAGACACUAACCAGCAUCAAUCUGGACUCUAACCACAUCACAGGUAAAGGGAUCCUGGCCAUCUUCCGUGCGCUGCUGCAGAACAACACCCUGACAGAGCUGCGUUUCCAUAAUCAAAGACACAUCUGCGGGGGGAAAACAGAGAUGGAGAUAGCCAAGCUGCUAAAGGAGAACACCACCCUCCUGAAGCUGGGCUAUCAUUUUGAACUGGCAGGUCCCCGCAUGACAGUCACAAACCUGCUGAGUAGGAACAUGGACAAGCAGAGGCAGAAACGCCUGCAGGAGCAGAAGCAGGUUCAGGAACGUAGUGAGAAGAAGGAUCUACUAGAGGUUCCAAAGGCAGGCGGCUUGCUAAAGGGGUCCCCCAAGCCUUCACCACAGUCAUCCCCAAAAUCUUCCCCAUGGUCUUCCCCUAAAAGUUCUCCUAAGAAGGGUGGACCUCCGGCUGCACCUCCCCCACCCCCACCUCCACUAGCCCCACCCCUGAUCAAUGAAAAUAUAAGGAAUUCUCUCUCUCCAGCCACCCAGAGGAAGAUGGUGGAGAAGGCACUUCCUGCUCAGGAGAAGAACUCAAGGGACCAGCUGUUGGCGGCCAUUCGAUCCAGCAAUGUCAAACAGCUAAAGAAGGUGGAGGUCCCAAAAUUAUUGCAAUAGGAUAUGGAAGCUGGAUCUCCCGCAUGGAUGAGACCUGUGGCAGAAAAUAGGACGUUUGCCUUUCUCAUGACUGUUUACAUGACCAGUCCUUGGGGACUCUGCAGUGUCCACCUGCCUGCCCCAGAGCUGGAGGAGCAGUGUUCUCUGUGGGGUCCAACUAAGGGGGGCAGCCCUGAGAAGGGCCCUGGGGUCAUUGGAUGCAGUGUGUGCGGCAGACCUGGUAUUCAUUUUUACAUUCUUUAAAAUCUUAAAGCUCUUUCUUUUAGCCAGCACCAGCAUGCGACGUGCCAGUGCAAGAUGGGAGCAGGGUUGCAGGAAUGGGGGGAGGGUGUUUGUUCCUAUUUCUGCUGACAGAGUUUGGAGCAUGAGGUAGUUACCAAGUGCAGCAGAUGCAGGAUGGAUGUCCCUGAAUGUCUGGGUCCACAUCUCCAGAAUUGCGUGGCUCUGCCACUACAGAACAGCACGCAGACAGUGACCUGCAUCCCAAAGAGCCUUGCUUUGCUCUCGGCUUGGAGUCUGUUGGGGAGAACUGGCAGCGGGACAUUGUCUGGAGUGACACAGAGCCAAACUCAGGAGAAUGCUUGGGGCAGAAAUGAAUUGCCACCUCUCUGCAGGUUCAGGAUCUCCAGUGCCCUGAAAAG